AUUGAGUCAAUGUCACACCUAAUGAAUACAAGUCAAACCAAUGGGGCUGUACCCUCCAAGGUCCCCCCUCCAAGUGCCAACACUGCGAAGCCCUCGAAGGCGAGGACUUUGGCCAGAACUCUUGGACGCCUCGAUCCGGGUGUUCUCAAACGCAGCGGCAACGGUGCUGCCAAGGCGAAUGCGACUGCCGAUGGAGGGCGGUACGACGCGCGAUUCAAGAUUGUUCUCCUCGGCGACUCUGGAGUUGGCAAAACAUCACUUAUUCGGUCUGCAGUCGGCGAGCCCUUCAAUCCCACAAUGAUUUCCACAAUUGGCAUUGACUUUGUGGAAAAGAUUUACACUGUCGACAACUAUCGCAUUCAACUGCAGAUCUGGGACACUGCUGGGCAGGAGCGCUAUCGAUCUCUGGCCACGUCGACGUUUCGCGAUGCUAAGGGUUUUAUAAUUGUCUACGACAUAACCAACCGGGCCUCCUUUUCAAAGAUCCGUGAUGAAUGGCUCCGAAUGACAGACACGCAAGGAAAUGAACCGGCUCCAAUCUUUUUUGUCGGAAACAAGGCGGACCUGCUUCGAUUAAAGGAGGUUCCCACGGAGGAAGCUGAAAGGCUCUCGCAGCAGCAGUACGCGCACGGAUUCUUUGAGACCAGCGCUUUGACCGGCUCCAACGUUCAGAACCUGUUCCAAGCCGUAGCGACGGCCAUGGUCUCAACAUGGAGUCUACCCCAGGUGAGCCGAGGCUACUUAGCAUUUGCUGUGGCGACAUUUGCAUAG